AUGAUCCAUAUCCAUAGCAGUAUUAAAAUAACAGGUUCAAAAGAAAUAGAAGCAAUAAAAGGAAUAAAUGAUAGCACUAUUUUCAAGAUUAUUCCAGUUGUAUCUUUUGAUUAACCAUCAUAUUUUCUCACAAUAAGAAAACACAUAAUUUCACUCAUUGGCUCAGUGUGA